UGCUAUCAUGCGCAUUUCAUUUAUCUUAACCAUGGCGUCUGCCAUUUUUUUAACAUCGUUUCUUAUAUAUCUACACACAUAUAUCUGCUAUGGACAACAGAACUUUUUCAAUCACCAAAACUUCAAGAAACAGCACAGCGUAUCUGGCACACAGACAAAUAAGUCUAUCUAUCCAAAUAAUGAUGGAAAACCGCAACUCCAGCAGUUGCUUAACUCGCAAAACCAACCGGAGAAUUUUGAAUCUAUGCAACCCAUGACGCAAUUACAGCCUGUGGCACAAACUGUUAAUCAGAACACACCAGCAUACCCAGUAACGUGCAAUCACGCUGGAGCUGCUCCUGGAUCUAUGGAUAUACCUCAGCAAGCGGUUCCAAAUUAUGUCCAUCAGGUCUCUAGACCCACACCGUUAUAUCAACAGCCCCAGUUUGCUAUUCAACAACGACCUGCCGCUCAACCAACACAACAUUACAAUCCACCAAUCCAGAAUUACUUGGCACCAGCCAUUGUCAUGGAAACGCCACAAUUUCCACCAUCUUCCGCGAGACCAUUCUACGGGUAUGACGGUUUCAAAAAUGGUGCUCCCUCAUACCCUCAGUACGUCCCAAUGAUACCACCAUACCCAAGUUAUCCAGUCAAUACAGUUAUAACCGAUCAUGGAUCACAAUCGUCAAGUCUUAAAACACUUCUUCCAAUCAUUCUUAAUUUAUUAAAGGAUAAAAACAAUUGUAAUUGUAGAUCGUGUGAGUGUAAUUGUUCCAAAAGUACUAGUGGAUAUUGCAAGAAAUAUCCCCUUAGUGAUGAUGGACCAGAUAUAGAACUGUCAGAGGAGAUAGAAACUAUUAGACAUGUCAGAGAACCAAAAAAGGCUGGGAAAUUGAAAAAUGAAAUCCCCGCUAGCGCAGAAGUUGAGUCAUUGGAGUCUCGUGAGGAUAGUCACGAAGAGUAAUUAAAUUUUAUUUCUUAAUAUUGUUUUAGUUAAUAAAUU